AGAUAAUACGUAAAACACGUGAGAACGAGCAGUGGCAAAACGCAGAUCGUGGAAUCGUUAGGAGAUAUCCGGAGGCAACAUGGAGGACAGGGACAAUGCAGAGGGCAUCAUGGAGCGGAAGCAGCAAAAUGUUUCGUCGCCGGACACGUCGCAAUGGAGUGUACCGGACGGAUGGCCGUUCAGGAAAGCAACUUCACAUAGGCAAUCUAUCGAUGUCCAAAAGGCCGUGAAAAUCGUUCUCGAUCCAUUUGCCGAGGAAUACGACAUGAACCAUAAGAGAAGAGGAGUAGCGCUCAUACUAAACCAUGUUCACUUCGAGAGCAUGAGCACGAGGAAAGGCUCCGUAAAGGACUCCCUAGAUCUGAAGGUAUCAUUAAGCAAGCUCGGAUUCGACGUCCGGAUUUACACCGAUCCAACGGUCAAAGUUAUAGCCGCGACCUUACAGUCGACCGCUGCGGAAGACCACACGGAUGCCGACUGCCUGAUCGUGGUCGCAAUGUCACACGGCGAGUCGGGUCUAUUGCAUUCCACCGAUAGCCUGUAUCCAGUCGAUAUGCUGUGGACUCCCUUCACCAGCGAUCAAUGCUCCACUCUGGCCGGGAAACCCAAGUUGUUCUUCAUUCAGGCAUGCCGCGGGUCGCAACUGGACAAAGGGGUGAAAAUUAUUCAUGAGACGGAUAGCAAGAGUACCAUAUACAGCAUUCCCACCUAUGCGGAUAUCAUGGUCGCGUAUUCCACUUAUGACGGUUUUUACUCGUGGCGUAAUCCGGACGUGGGCUCUUGGUUCAUACAAGCGCUCUGCGAGGAGCUAGAUCUUCACGGACGAAAACACGAUCUACUCAGCCUAAUGACCUCCGUGAACCGUCGCGUCGCCAUAGAAUAUCAAUCGUACGUGCCGCAGAACGAGAAAUUCCAUGGAAAGAAGCAAAUCCCAUCGAUUGUCUCGAUGCUGACCCGACUCGUGUACUUUCCCGAUAAGUGCGCAUCAAUAGCGGACGAUUUCGACGAUGUAACGGAAGAAAAGAAGCCGCAGGUUUGCGAAAAAGUAACGUAAAACGCGAAAGAACGUUUGCGUUUCACGAAGAAAAAUGAUGGAUUUUCCGUCAGAAACUGACAAAUUGAUUUCGAUUAUUUUCAGGCAUCAAAUUUGAAAAACGAUCAUAGAGAUCCACGUGACUCAUCAAAUACAUUUAGAUUUUGUUGCGAUCAAACGUAUAUACCCGAGAUGAAAUUUUGCUCGUAUUUUCAAUCUCAUUUUUUUCACACUUAUGGUUUCUAAAAGAUUUUCGAUACGUUUAUAAAAAUUAGAUUUCUGUUUUAGACUUCAAAUAACCAACAAACAAUUUUGAACGUAGCGACUUAAAAAAAGAGCUUUCGGCAUAAAUAUAGAUUAAAUAUUAAAUAAUUUCAAAAGAGAGUGAUCUGGUUAUUUAAAAUCAACAUCGAAAUAAAUAUUACAUUAAAAAUUGAGAUCAAAAAUAAAAGAAAAAUUUUAAUUCAGAUUUCAACAAGAUAGUAUGCAUAAACGAAUUAAUUAUUCAUUUAAAUAAAUAAUAUAGAUAGUUUUCUACCUUUCUAUUGUUAUUUUAUUGUCAGAUAAAGCGGCAAAUAUCUUUAAAUAUUAUUUACACUGCCACCAUAUUUAAUCAAACACUAUUCAGUGAAAUUAUUUUGUUCAAAAUUCGACUUUACGAUUCAUUUUUCUCAAUACCUUUCUGUUUGUAUGAUAUAAAAAAAAUGUGCAUUGUUAAAAUAUUCUAUUUAUUAUAAUUAUUAUUGUUAAACCAUAAUAGAAAAUUGAACAGCAAUAAGGAUUGCAAGAUUACCUAUUAUAUAAAUAAUGUUUAUUUAAUGCUUAAUACGUUUAUUGUACAAUUAAUUUGGCAAAUAAAUUAUGGAAUAUCACGUAAAGAGCAUAAUGUUGAUAAUGCCCGACAAAGUAAAAUAAAUCACCAGUAUAUAUUAAGCAAUAUCACGAAUUAUUAUAUUAUAAUCAAGUU